AUGAAUAAUUGUCAUGAUUUAUCAAUGAUUUUUGAAAAUCAGAUUGUUAAAGAAGAAGAUGGAUAUGAUAUGUGUUGUUCACAAAAAAAAUGGGCUAAUAUUGCACGUAAAAUGAAUUUUCAUGAUACACAAACAAGUCGUGUUCUGAAACAACAUUAUGAAAAAUUAUUAUUAUCUUAUGAUGUUUAUGAAACAGGUAUUUAUGAAGAACAAACAGAUAUAUCAACUCAAAUUGAUUUAAAAAAAGGACAUAAUUCAAAAACAGUUGAAUCAAAUGGAACAAUGAAAAAUGGAAAUAAACGAAAAGAUAUUUCACCACCAUCAAUUACAAAUAAUGUUGAUCCCUUUGCUAAUUUUGUAUGUAAAUCUUGUACACGUGGUGAUGAUGAUAGUUACUUAUUAAUUUGUGGCAUACGUGAUAAUUGUUAUCAUACAUAUUGUCUUAUCCCAGCUUUAAUCGAAAUUCCUCGUGAUCAAUGGCGAUAUCCUAAAUGUUUAUAUCAUACAGCAACACCAACGGAUGCUUAUGGAUUUGAACAAUUAGCAAAAGAAUAUACAUUAGGAGAAUUUGGUGCAAUGGCUGAUGAAUUUAAACGAAAUUAUUUUAAAAAACCAUUAUCAGAAAUAUCAUGUGAUGAGGUUGAACAAGAAUUUUGGCGUAUACUUUCAUUACCGGAUGCAUCAGUUAAAAUUGAAUAUGAAGCAGAUUUACAAACAGGUGAAUUAGGUAGUGGAUUUCCUACAAUAAGAACAAAAGAUUUAACUGAAAAUGAUAAAAAAUAUCUCAAUUCUCCAUGGAAUCUCAAUAAUUUUGCUUGUCAUUAUAAAUCUGUUUUACGAUAUAUUAAUGCUGAUAUAUCUGGCAUGAAAGUAAAAUUAUUAAUAAAUUCAUCAGAUUUAUUUAUUUAUUUGUUUUUUUUUUCUUUUUAUUUCGAAAAAAAAGUUCCGUGGGCUUAUGUUGGUAUGUGUUUUGCUUGUUCUUGUUGGCAUGUUGAAGAUCAUUGGUCAUAUUCAAUUAACUAUCUUCAUUGGGGUGAACCAAAAACUUGGUAUGGUGUACCAGGUUCAAGUGCUGAAAAAUUAGAAAAUUGUAUGAAAUCAUAUGCUCCAGAAUUAUUUUCUAAAACAUCUGAUCUUCUUCAUCAUCUUGUUACAACAAUGAAUCCAUCAGUAUUAAUACGUGAUGGAGUACCAGUUGUUAAAACACAUCAACAUGCUGAAAAAUUUGUUAUAACAUUUCCUCGUGCUUAUCAUGCAGGUUUUAAUCAAGGUUUUAAUUUUGCUGAAGCAAAUAAUUUUUGUCCAACUGAUUGGCUUCCGAUGGGUCGUUGUGCAAUAGAUCAUUAUAAAGAAAUGAAACGUUAUAGUGUAUUUUCACAUGAUGAAUUAGUAUAUAAACUUGCAUCAGAAUGUCAAUAUCUUGAUCCAGAUAUAGGUGAUGCAACAAAAUUUGAACUUGAUUAUAUUGUUAAACAAGAAAAACAUAGUCGAAAAUUAGCAUAUGAACAAGGAGUAACAGAUGCUGAUCGAGUUUGUUUUGAAUUAAUGCCUGAUGAUGAAAGACAAUGUGAUGCUUGUAAAACAACAUGUUUCUUAUCAGCUAUAUCUUGUUUAUGUAAACCAAAUAUUCUUGUUUGCAUAAAUCAUGUUGAUCAAUUAUGUUCAUGUUCACCAAAAAAAUAUUGUUUAUGGUAUCGUUAUACAAUUGAUGAAAUGUCAAAUAUGCUUGAUGCAUUACGUGAACGUCUUGAUCUUUGUCAAAAAUGGAAAAUACUUGUUAAUCGACUUAUUUCAAAUGAUCAUCAAAAUCUUAUCGAUUUUAAUGAUAUUGAAAAACAUACGACAUCUGGUGUAUUAUGUUUACGUGAUGAUAUUCGUAUAAAAAUGGAAGAAAAAUUAGCUGAAGCUAUUGAAUAUCGACAAAUGGCAAAAAAUAUUUUAAAACGUAUAACAUGCAAAGAUGAAUUAAUAGAAAAUAAUAAUAAUGAUGAUGAUUUAAAUAAAAAGAAAAAAAAUUUUAAUGAUGAAAAUAAAGUUACAUUAAAUGAUAUAAAUCAAUUAAAAAAAUCGAAUGAAAUAAAAAUAUUACUUCAAUCGGAUAAACUUCUGUCAACGGAUGUUUAUUCAAAUUAUAUUGAACGUAAUAAUCAAUAUCAUAUUGAAUUACCAAUUAUUGAACGUUUUAAAUUAUUCUAUCAAGCUAGUAUUUGACCACAUCCAACAUUAAAUACUUUAGAACAAUUUGUUAAAAUUGCUGAUGAAGCAAAUAUUCAUUUAAAUUCAAUUGAUAAAAUAAAAACUUUAAUUAAUGAAUGUCAUCUAUGGAAUGAAAAAUUUGAACAAAUGCAACAAGGUGAACAUUAUCCAUUUUUAUCUUCAUAUGAACAAUUAUAUGAACAAGCUCGACAUUUUCAUAUUGAUUUGGAACCAUUAAAAUUAAUUGAACAAACUAUUUUACAAGUACGUUCAUUGCUUGAAAAAACACAAACAGUUUUUCGUCGACCAGAUUCAAAUUUAACUUUAAUUGAAGUUGAAAUUUUAAAUAAAAACGUACAUAAGAUUUUGAAAUUGGAGAACGUUUGGAUUAAAAUGCAUAUAACCUAA